ACUAUCCAUCAAUCACGAAGAUGUGUGAUGUAAACAAGGAAGUCGGUUGUGAAAUAGAAAGGGAGAUUUCAGCCUGUGAGGAGAUGACACGGAGCAGAGUUCCUGUUUCAUGCCUCAUAUAAGCCUACAGAAUGGAGGAGAGACACAAAAGGAUUCUCCAACGCAAUAGGGUCAAUCUCGUGAGAGACCUGAACCCAUCAGAUAUGUAUGAUGGACUUCUGUCAAAAGGAAUCUUUACUCAAGACAUGAUCGACGAGAUAAAGAGAUCAGGAACCAGACGAGACCAAGCCAGACAGUUGGUUCGAGACCUGGAGACUCGAGGGAGUCGGGCCUUCCCAGCUUUAAUAGAGUGCCUUCGUGAGAAAGGACAGCAUAGCCUGCCAGAUCUCCUGUUGGCGGGGGAACCGCAGAGCCAGCCUCUACCUCUGCCUGUCCAUGUCCGGACAGUUGUUAGGCCUUUGCCAGUUUACUCUCAUAUGGACACUGUGGUAACCCCUGUCUAUCCAAGUCAACCAGUUAGGCCUUUGCCUAUUACCCCUGUCUAUCCAAGUCAACCAGUUAGGCCUUUGCCUACGCCUACCACUCCAAGUUUAUCCCCUGAAAGGGAGUUUGGAAAACCCAGGGCAACAGGAAGAGUUAGACGUGACAGUAUUCAGAGUUAUAAGAUGGAUGCCAGCCCCUGUGGACACUGCCUGAUCAUAAACAAUGUCGAUUUUGAGCCUCAGUCAGAGCUGAAUAACCGCACAGGGUCCAACAUAGACUGCGACAAACUGGAGAGAAGAUUUCAAUCCCUUAACUUUAUUGUCCUUGUCAAGAGAAACCUGAAACAGAAUCAAAUAAGGCAGGAGCUAUCAGCUUUGUCCAAGAAGGAUCAUUCACAAUAUGAUUGUUGUGUGGUGAUCAUGUUAUCACAUGGGACGGAGGUAAGUCACAAUCGCUUCCCUGGUGCAGUGCUUGGAGUGGAUGGGCCCAAUGUCCCAGUUCAGCUCAUCACAAACUACCUCAAUGGUCAGAACUGCCCAUCCCUACAGGGCAAGCCCAAGCUCUUCUUCAUCCAGGCCUGUGGGGGAGGUGAGAGAGACACAGGCUUUGAGGUGACUCCUGACGAGGAUAGGCCUUGUAUUGGAGGAACAGAUGACCAGACGGACGCCAUGCCCAUUUCCUCCAGCAGUGACUCUCUGAGCACUCCGUCUGAUGAGCCAGACGCUAGGGCCACACUGCCCACACCCAGCGACAUACUGGUGUCCUACUCCACCUUCCCAGGUUACGUCUCCUGGAGAGAUACACAAGCUGGCUCCUGGUAUGUAGAAACACUGGAUAACGUCUUAGAAGACAAUGCUGCCGCUAAUGACCUGGUCACCAUGUUAAUGAUGGUAAACAAUGAAGUUUCACAAAACUCAGCCAAAGGCCUCUACAAACAGAUGCCUGGUUCCUUUAACUUUCUACGCAAACUUCUCUACUUUCAAGUCCUGCCCUGCCAGAGACCAAUCCAGGCAUGACGAAACUCUCAGGAAAUAUUUGUCUCUUCAUGUGCCAUUAAAAAAAAAGAUCCUCUAUCAAUGUUUAUUUGGAUAUGUGAACAAAAGGACCAAGAUUGGAAUUGAAUGUUUGUUCUUUUAAAAUGUUCUUUCUUUUCUUGUUUUUACACUCAAUGUUUGCUCUUACAAGAUUGCAAAAUCUUUGUGACAAUCAAAAACAUUGUAAUCAAUAAAAACCAAUGGUUUUCCUUGAAGCGCUCUGCAAAAUAUGAAUCGGUACUGCACCCUCUAUAACCACUGUGAUUAUUAGUUGACCCUGCUGGUCAUCUAUGAACAUUUGAACAACGAUUUGGCCUUAAUGGCCAUGUACUCUUAUAAUCUCCACCCGGCACAGCUAGAAGAGGACUGGCCUACCCCGCAGAGGCUGGUUCCUCUCUAGGUUUCUUCCUAUGUUCCUGCCUAUCUAGGAAGUUUUUCCUAGCCACCGUGCUUCUGCAUUUCUUGCUGUUUGGGGUUUUAGGCUGGGUUUCUGUAUAACCACUUUCUGCUGAUGUAAAAAGGGCUUUAUAAAUACAUUUGAUUUGAUAACCUUUA